GGAAAGGCCGGGGCUGGGGUGGAGUUUCCCCUCCACUUCCACGGAGUUUCGGACUUGAGGCCGUCGGCGUGCACAGUUCUGUGAAGCAAGCUUGAAGCCCGGCGAGCGGCGACGAGGGCGGGCCGGAGUCAUGAGCGACAGCGGAGAGCGGAUGUUCGACGACGACGAGCGGGAAUCCCGCUCGGCUUCCGGAAGUGGAAGCGCCCCGGCCCCCCGGAAAGCCGCGGGCCGCUCCCCGGCCAGGUCCCGCUCCCGCUCCCAGUCCCGGCCCCGGUGCCCGCGGGGCUCCCGGCGGCGGUUCUCCAGGUCGCGAUCCCCGCCCCGCUCCCGCCAGCGAUCCAGCGGCAGGGACUACAGUCGAGACCGCGGAAGACGGCGCAGCCCCAGCCGCUCCCCCUCGCCGUCCUCGCAGAGGCGCCACGGCGGGAAUCGGGAGGACCCCGACCCCAACUGUUGCCUGGGCGUGUUCGGCUUGAGCCUGUACACCACCGAGCGGGAUCUGAGGGAGGUGUUCUCCAAGUACGGCGCCAUCGCCGACGUGUCCGUGGUGUACGACCAGCAGUCCGGGCGUUCCAGAGGGUUCGCCUUCGUGUAUUUUGAAAGCGUAGACGACGCCAAGGAGGCAAAAGAGCGCGCCAACGGCAUGGAGCUCGCCGGGCGGAGGAUCAGAGUGGAUUUCUCCAUCACGAAGAGACCGCAUACCCCAACACCGGGGAUUUACAUGGGAAGACCUACCUAUGGCGGCUACCGGCGCUGGGAUUAUUACGACCGAGGCUACGAUCGCGGCUCUGACGAUCGAGAAUACUACGGCAGAGAAUACUACGGCAGAUCGUACAGGGGCGGGGGGUGGAGAGCCCAAGACCGGGAGCCCGUGUACAGAAGGCGGUCACCUUCUCCCUACUACACCCACGGCAGGUACACCUCGAGGUCCAGAUCUCCGUCCUACUCACCCCCGCGCUACUGAAGCACCGAGUGGAAGACUUUCUGAAACCUGCCGUAGAGCUGCGAAAUCUUGGGACAGUUUUGUUGUGUUUUUUUUUUUUUUUUUAAAGAAAAAAAAAUCGUCUCCUGUUUGAAAAGUGAACAGCGCCUAGUGAAAUUAGUAAGGAUGUAACUACUUUUGGUUGAAGGGGAAAAGGCUCUUUUCAUUCUGCAUUUGUGUGCUUCGCUGCUUGCUUUAAGUUUAGUGUUUUCAGAAAAGUAUGGUUUGCAUGUUUUUGUUUUCUUUUACUUUGACUGCUGAGAAAUUUCUGUCGUACAAACUUGGUGUAAAACGUUUUUCUACCUAGUCCUCGAUCUUCUCAACAUUGAGGCCUGUGUGUAAAUACGUUACCAAAAGGCAAAAAGCCAGGAUGAAUAGUUGCUUUCUUUCUAGCAUAUCAAUGCUUAGCACAGAACUAUUCACAGAAAAUUGUCAGUAGUAAAUUCAAAGACAAAAGUACCCGUUUUCCUCCAAUACAUAACAUACCAUAUUUAACAUACCUGCAAAUAAGUUUUAAAAAUAUGCUCUGUAGCCUUUAUAUUUUUUUUCUCUGUAACUCUGUACUGCUAGUAUUGGAACUAAAAAUCUUUUCAAUACAGCAAAUGCGUAAUGCUUAUGUAAAAGUGGGUUUGUGAGUCUCUAUGUAAUUUGUGUAUAUGGCGGGGAACAAGAGAAGAAUUGUGGAUCAUAUGCCUUAAAAGAGC